UCAACAGCUGUAACAAGUCUUGAUAGGCUCUUAAGGCUAGUCUUGGGUUAUAUAACAAGUCAUCUUCUAGUCAUUGAGGAAGAGAGAAAAAAGGAUCUGAUCAAGAACAAUGGCAACGACAAGACAGAUCUUGGAACAGCCACAAUCGCCAUUUAUUCAACGUAUCAAGAGCUCAGGGAACAUAAGUAUCAAUGGUAGUAGUCCCAUGGUUGAUGAUAAAGAAGAGGAGCUUUCACAGUCUGCUUUUGCUUUGUUUAAGGCUAAAGAAGAUGAGAUUGAGAGGAGGAAGAUGGAGGUUAAGGAUAGGGUUCAGACAAAGCUUGGACUCGCGGAAGAAGCUACUAGAAGAUUAGCCGAGAUUCGAGAAGAGCUUGAAGCUCUUACCGAUCCAAUGAGAAAAGAGAUAUCCGCGAUAAGGAAAAGAGUCGAUACUAUUAACCGAGAACUCAAGCCUUUAGGACAGAGUUGUCAGAGAAAGGAGAGAGAGUUCAAAGAAGCACUUGAAGCUUACAAUGAAAAGAACAAAGAGAAAUCUAUGUUUGUUAGCAAGCUUGUUGAGCUGGUUACCGAAAGCGAGAAGCUACGGAUGACAAAGCUUGAGGAACUCAGCAAAAGCAUUGAAGUUUCUCUACGCUGACACAAGAUUAUGAUGACAAAGGCUGCAAAAGCAGCUAGCUUUGGUUUCUUCUUUCUUUUGUGCUUUUGUAAUUGUUUGAUUCGAUAUUUUCUCGUCUGUGUGAUCCAAAUCUGUUUUUUUCCUGAUUCAGUAACCUUAGCAUAAAUGUGUUUCAGUUUCAUGUAUGUGACAAUGCUCCACAAAUAUGAUGUUUUCUUCCUGACUUCUUUCUGUAAGAGCAAACUUUAACCUCUUUCA